GCCAAAAAAAAUUAUAUUCAGACAUUGAUCGUCAGGGUACUAGCAUCUUAUCACUAAUAUCCUUUUUAGUAGAGGAGAAAAGAAUUCGUAUUAGAAUCAAUUCUAUAUUUAAUGUUAUAGAGCUUUCACAAGAAAAAUGGUAACAAAAUUUGUCAACGAUGCGAUGCUUGUGGUAAUACACAUGCAAUUAGCAUGGAUUCUCAUAAGUUAACGACGUUUAUUUCAAAAAAUUGUUUGCAAGAAAACGAAAAUAAUGAGGGUCAUAAUUCACAAGAGAGCAUUCCAACUGAACAAGGAGCAACAAAUAAUGCCAAUGAUGAUGAUGAUGGGAAUGAAGAUUGGGGUGAUGACUUAGCAUCAAAUAUCACUAAUUUGGACAUUCAUGUCAAAAGUAUGAUUCAAUCAGAAGAUUUCGAUAAUCUGGUUCACGAAUAUUGUGAACAAUUCAUAUCUUUAUUGAAAAAAAAAAAAUUGGCCAAUCAAUUAAAUGAUCCUCUUUCAAUUCAAGAAUUGAUCAUUGAAGCUGAGCGAUUGAAAAUACUCGAAAAAGUCCCAUUCUUUGUUCCAGAAUAUUUAUUUACAGAUCAAAUUGUCAAAGAAAUUGAAGUAUAUAAAAUGCUGCUUCAGAAACUGUGCGCAAAGAAUAUCAAAGGACAAAAAUAUCUGUUGCAUGGACUAGAAACAAUCAUCGGUACGAACAAUGAAAUACGAGCCAAAUUAUUCAACACAAAAGGAAUGUCAAAAAUUCUUCUUAAACUUUAUGAAGAAGACAUCAUUGUAGAAGAAGUUUUUUAUGAAUGGUAUAAAAAGGCAUCGAAACGACUCGUUGAUAAAGCAAUAUCUGAAGAUAUUCGAAAGUAUGCCAAGGAAUUCAUCGAAUGGUUACGCACAGCUGAAGAAUCGAGUGAUGAAGAAGUCGAUGAAGUCUCCAAUCUUCGAUCACCAAGUGAAAAUGAUCUUGGACACUAG